AGGCGGGCGUUUACGUUUUAUUGAAGCGCAACGUCGAAAACUCGCUGCGAAUGCGUGUUUUACGCGAAUUGCCGUCGCAAUUUUGAUAAAAGCAAAAACAAACGCUUGUGUGUAUAAAAUAAUACUGUGUUAAAAUUAAGCAGCCGCCACUUAGUGCCGAAGCGAGCGAGUCGUCAUAAGCGUUUAAUUGAAGUUAACGCUAAUUACUGCAAACGUUUGAGCGCACCAAGCGCGCUUGGAGUUGUGCGUGUGUGCAGACUAACCGGUGUGGUCGCGUUUACUUAAACGUAGUAGAAGCGCGCGUCCGCCCUGCGGCUGCAUACGCUUCGAACGCGGCUGCUGCUGUGCGUCUGUGUAUGCGUGUGCGCGCAAUUAAACGCUUUUAGCUGCAUUAUGGCGUUGACAGCUUGUCAAUUCAAGCGCAACCGUUACGCUACAUCGCUACUAAUACCGCCAGCGCUACCGUUGCAGCUAACCCAGUCACAAUUGCGGUCUCGUUUGUCAAUGUCAUCACUUAUCUGAAGCGCACAACGGAUGCACUCCACCACUCCAACGGCAAUCGGUAGCAAUCAAGCGCUUAUGUGUGUGUGUGCGUGUGUGUUAGUGCGCGCGUACGCUAUAUGGCCACUGAAGCGUUGCUACUUAUCAACAGUGUUGUUGUUAUUGUGCCCGUCCGUUAUAGUCAGUGAUUCAAGCACUUUGUCAUUUUGCCGAGUUUUCAAUUAACCAGCAAACCGCGAAGCUCAUUCCGGCCGUACGUUAGUUAAGCAAACAAUUGUGUGCAUCGAAAGCGGCGCUGUCCAUCGAACGUUCAAAUAAUCGCUUUCAAGUGGCAGUUGCAUUUUUUCAAUUUCCCGUCCGGCCGGAUUUCGCCAUUGUCUCGCGCGCGCUCAUUGUUCUUCCGUUUGUGAUAUUCGUACAUUGUGUUGACCGCAAUUUCGCAAAUGGUCACGUGCGGCCGUCAACCGUUCAAUAUGCUGCCAAUGGCGCCGAUUAAUCCCUUUGUCGUUGGCCUAACACCCACUUCAAUGGCAGCAGCAGCUGCAGCGGCGGCGGCCGCCGUUGCGGAGUCAACGACGCGCUCCAUAGGCAGUGGCACAGCAACAACAACGGUGGCAACGGCAACCGUAACGACUGCAAACAUCAAACCAAAGUUGGCGUUCAGCAUAGAUUCGAUAGUUGGCAGCAACAGCAAAAAACGCGAUGACGGCGAUCCCACGCAAACAACAACGAAUUGUCGACCAAUACGUCCUACCGUCAUCUCACCACCACUCUCCUCCUCGCAACGCAGCGACAGUCCAGAUGAACGUCCAAAUGGCGAGCGUGAUCGCGAUCGCUUACUGCUCCCGUACGAGCGUCCGCCCAGUCGCGUCAGCCUUAGCCUCAGCGAAGACUCCCAUCAUUGCCAACAACCAUUAGAAUUAAGGAAUAGCUUUACUGUGAAUUAUCGCUCGACAGCGGAUCUGCACCACACUGCACUCGCACGCCCGCCCAUGGGUCUCAUCUAUUGUCGUCGUCGCUCGAUAUUGGAUCAAUCGCCGGAACGUGAUUGCGCCAGUCCCCUACUGGUGGGCAGAUGUCGCACACGAUCGCGUUCACGUUCGCCCACUCGCCUAACGACACAAACUUCCCGUGAACCUAAUAUAACUGUGAAUCGUAGUCGCACGCCCUCUCUUUCGCCCACACCACCACACAGCCGCGCCACACCACAAUCGCCUCAAACGCCAGGUAGCGCCAGCGGCAGCAUAGGUGAGCUUAACAAGCGACCCAUUCAUGUGCCUGGCAUACCGGCCGGUUUGAUACGCCCUUUACCAAUGCAAGCGCCACAAAGUCUUUCUCUACUUCAGUCAGGCAGUGGCGGUGGCGGCGGUACAGUUGGACCCGGUGGCGCGCCUAACUCGUUAGAGGGUGGCAACGCAUCUGUUAACCCUGCUGCUGUGCAUCCUUUAGCGCCAACGAUACCCGGAUCGGUACCGCCAGCACCACCACAACCACACGGUGGGCCACCGCUGCCGCCAUCUGCGUCUGGUGUUGUUCCACCUCCACCUCCGCCGCCUAAUCCACACUUCCUGGCAGCGCAAUUUCAAAUGGCCGCUGCAUUAGCGCAUCAUCACCAUCAGCAGCAGCAGCAGCAACAACAACAUCAUCAUCCCGCAGCGCAUUUGCCGCCAGGCCAUCCAAUGGCAUUAUUCCCGCCCGGGCCGCAUCAUCCGCACUUUGGCGGGCCACACCUGAUUCGCGACAGUUACCCGCUCUACCCGUGGCUGCUGAGUCGACAUGGACGGAUAUUUCCACAUCGAUUUCCCGGUAGUAAGUUUACAAUACUUUACUAUUGA